UUUGUUUUUUCUUAAUCUAGCUUGUUUCUAAUCAAUUUCUGUUAUCCCUCUCAGAAAAGUUCUUGAGGUUGGGGUCCUGGCCUGGUCACUGGCCACAGCACUGGUUCCUAUUCUCGCUGGCUUUAUGCCUGGACUUAUUUUGUCCAGGAUAUUGGUUGGAAUGGGAGAAGGUGUUUCACCGUCAGCUGCUACUGAUCUGAUUGCCAGGACCAUACCGAUUGAAGAGCGCUCACGAGCAGUAUCAUUUGUUUUUGGUGGCUUGAGUGUUGGAAGUGUCUUAGGGCUCCUUUUGGCUCCUCCACUAAUACAAAGUUAUGGAUGGGAGUCUGUAUUCUAUAUGUUUGGCUUCUUAGGUAUUACCUGGUUUCUAGGAUUUCAGUUUGUUAAAGAAGAUCAGCAUCUAUUUAGUGGUGAACUAUCAUGGCCUAAAUUUGACUCUUGGAAUAACUCGUGGGAUUCUUCUUUGGAGGAGUUGGGGGACUCAUUGACGGUAUCUAAAACUGUUAAUACUGUAGGUAGCUGUAAAUUGUUGUAGAUAAGAAUAUAAUAUUCUUAUAUUUGCCUUGAGUAU